AUGAAAUCUGGCAUCUUCCUUUUGUGGUGGGGAUGGGUUUUGGUCACUGAAAGCCGAGUACACUGGCAAGGAUGAAAAGGACACGAGACGGCUAAGAAAGGCAGUAAGCCUCAAAGGCAGAGACUAGAAGGACAUGAAGAUGCUCAUAAGCAAGGCAACCCAAUUCUGAAAGAAAGCCCGGACAUCACCAAGUCACAAAUGAUGAAAUCAGAGCAGCUUCUGAGGAUAGAUGACCACGAUUUCAGCAUGAGGCCUGGCUUCAGAGAGGCCUGUUUUCCUGUGGUUACAGUGACUGCAAUGUGCAACAUGAUCUUCAGCCGGUUUCCCCUGGACACCCAAACGUGCUCUCUGGAAAUUGAAAGCUAUGAUCUGUCCCUAGAGAGCUGCCACAGCGAGUACAUGUGGUGGUUGGGCCUCUCAGGCUGGUACAACCAUCUGUACAUUAACUUCACUCUGCGUCAUUACAUCUUCUUCUUGCUCCAAAUUUAUUUCCCUGCGACCCUCAUGGUCAUGUUGUCCUGGGUCUCCUUCUGGAUUGACCGCAGAGCUGAGCCUGCCAGCGUCCCCUUGGGUAUCACCACUGGGCUGACAAUGUCCACCAUCAUCACGGGUGAAGCCUCCAUGCCCCGCGUCUCCUACAUCAAGGCCGUGGAUAUCUACCUGUGGGUCAGCUUCGUGUUCGCGUUCCUUUCGGUGCUGGAGUACGUGGCCGUUAACUACCUGACCACAGUGCAGGAGCUGAAGGAGCUGAAGCUGCGGGGGAAGCUUCCCUGCACCUGCGGCUUAGCUAGGCCUGCGCUGGAGAGCAGCUACAGCGAUGGGGAAGUGAACAAUCUGGGGAACUACAUGCCUGAGAAUGGCAAGACGCCAGACAAGAUGAUGGCACAGCUGACCCUGACCUCAGAGAGGAACUCUCCCUGGAGUAAAAGCCCAAGAAGCAGCUAUGAGAACAUGAGGAUUUACACCCAUGCUGUUGACAAAUACUCCAGGAUAAUUUUUCCAGCAGCAUACAUUUUAUUCAAUUUAAUAUACUGGUCUAUUUUCUCACAGAUACCUGUAAUUUUAAAAAUUCGCACUCUACAGUAUAUACAAGUGAAAUACUUAUAUGGUGAAAAAUAA